AUCACACAGCACAGUGUCCUUUUGGUUGGCCACAGCCCCUCCUCGCAGCAGCCGCGUACGCACCACGUGAUGCCGCGCGGCAUGAGCCUCGAUACCGGCGUCCGCCCGCCGAUCGGUGUCAACGCUGACCCGGCCCGGCUCGAGGCGUCGUGCCCGAGCCGCCGGUACAAGCGGUGCCUGCUGCGGGAGCUGCAGGACAAGUACCCGGUGGUACAGUUUGACUACUCGCUCGCGAACCGAUCGGUGGAGCCUGUGCGCGGGUCUGCCGCCCUGCCCGACUGCGGCAGCGAGGGGCUCUUUGCUCGCCGCGAGGCGGCGGCCAACGCAAAGCCCGCCUCGUGCGUCGCUCCACCGUCGGUGUUCGAGCAGUCGCGCGUGCUGCUGCUGCUGGGGGUGCCGUCCUCGCCCACCGCCGUCGGAGCGCAGCGGCGCGACGCAAUCCGCCGCUCGUGGAUGAAGGAGCCGAUGCUUGGGUACGAGGCGCUGGCUUGCUUUGUCCUCUCGGCGCAAACCAACGGCAGCGCCAUGGAGGCGCUUCAGGCCGAGGCGAGGGAACGGCAAGACCUCCUCUUUGUCGAUGCACCGGAGACGGGGGCGCUGCUGCGGCAGCCGACUCGGUACUCGUGCAAGCAGGGCCGGUGCAAGAAGGGGCGGGGGAUGCCGACCUUCAAGCAGUACGCCUUCUUCCAGCACGCGGCCAAGCACUGGCCUGGCGUCAAGUACGUCGGCAAGGUCGACGAUGACACUGCGCCCAACCUGCGCGUCCUCCUCCCGCUCCUCCACCGCGCGCGUGCCUCGCGCCCCUGGGCCUUCCUCGGCGCAAUCAACUGGGCGUCGACGGUGCCGCCCGGCCGACGCGCGAGGGCCCCUGCCCCGCAACUCGAGACCCUUCCGUUGACCCGUCCCUGGGGCAGGCGAGGCGCGGUCCCCCCCUUCCCGUACGGGACCGGCGCGGGCUACAUCUUCUCGGCAAAGCUGCUGCACUGGGCCGCAACCGACGCCGCCGUGGCCGAGGCGGCGGGGCCCGACCGCGAGGCGCUGCAGUGGCAAAAGUUUGAGGACACGACGACGGGGUACUGGCUGAGCUACGCGCCCGAGCGGGUGCUCUACGUCGACAUCGGCCCGCUCGUCCACGACAUCGCAUGCUCGACAGCAAAGGUUUGCCGCACGGAGGGGCGCGACGACCUCGCAUGCCACAACACCGAGGGCGCGCGCAAGCAGCGCGGCGGCGGCACCUACCGGCCCGCCGCCAACCGGUCGCUGCUCGUGCACAACCUCAAGACGCCGAGCGGGUUUGCGUACGCCUGGGAGCACCUGCAGCAGGCGGACCUGCCCUACGACCACGAGGCGUGCAUCUCAUCAGUCUUUGCCCGGCGCGGCAACUUUGGGCGAGGCUGGCGCCGCGAGAUGAAGACGCAGAGACGAGCCGCGCUGCCGGGGGGCUGAGCUGCGGGACUUUCGUGACUGUGGUCUGCGCGCGCCCACGCAGCGUCAGAGAGUCUUGCGAGGUGCCGCGUGCCGCACGCGCCAGUCAGUGGCCGCGCGGGGUGCGCACCCGCAAAACCCACACGUACACGCAGCAGACUGUGCAGACAGCAUUUCAGCAUCAGCUCAACACACGCAAGUCGCAACAGUACUUCAAGCCUCUCACGGAACUCUCAACUCACGUGUGUCGUGUGUGGUGUGAAAUCGUCUAUCAAUCUCGCGCGGUGUCACCGUCUCUGUGUGUCUGGGUGUGGAAAAUGGCGGAAGGUACAUUUUGGUGUGAUGA